AUGCUUUUACUUUCGAUAUUUAUACUUGUUCUAACAUCAUUUCAAGUAGAUGCUCAAUCUAGAGAAGAAGUCAAUGCGGCGAUUAUGCGAGUACGACAAUAUCUUCAACGCUCGUCAAGGCAAAUAGUAACUGAUGGAACAAAAUGGCUUGAGAACAGUGGAAAAAUCGGUUCUGGCUAUGAUUUUAUUGCUGGUUCCCCUGUAUGUUAUAAUGGAGAUUGCCAAAUGGAAGGAUUUCGACGAUCCAUAUUUAAACUGAACUUUACCAAACAGCCAGAAGGAACUUGUACGAGCAAACUUAUUCCACAAAAUGUUGAUCUUGACUGUUUGCCAUCGAUGCAAAUAACAGCAGCGACAGAAACUAUAUCCACACUUGAUCAACUGAAGGAAAGUAUGAAAAAGGGUAUCGAGUUCUCCGGAAGCGUUGGUAUCUAUGGAAAUUCAUUUAGUUAUUUUCGUUCAACACAAACACGUUCAAUGAUUGAUACAAUUGUUCAGAUGAAUUCAACAGUUUACUUCACUCGAUCUACGAUCAGUCAAAUACGUUUAUCUGCUUUUGAACCCUUCCUCGAGCUUUCUGAUCAAUUCCGUUAUGUUAUCGAGAAUAUGCCAUGCUGCAAUCAGUCAACUGAACUCGAUCAAUAUAUUCAGGAGUUAAUUAUUGAUAAUUUUGGUUUAAUGUAUGUUAAAGACUUGCUUCUUGGAGGAAUUGCGCAACAGAAAAUUGUUAUUUCUGAAGAAAAUCGAAAAAAUCUCCGAGAAAAUGGUUUUACCACAACGAAUCAAGCUGAAAUAAAAGUCGCGGCUGCUUCUAUUUUUUCCGCUUCUACAAAACUAACAAUGACUGAAGAAUUUGAUCAGAGCAUGUUGAAUAUUUUCAAGAAAUUCUCGCAACAGAGUAAUAUUAUAACUAUGGGCGGUGCUAUCACAAUGCAAUCGAUUGAAGAAUGGUCCAAAACUGUUUCUUCAAAUCCAACAAUUAUUAAAUUUAGCAUUGCAUCUUUUCUUAAUCUUCUCACGGCUAAACGUUUUCCAGGUGAUUCUAACAUAGUAUCAAAGUAUCAAUUAAUUCAAAAAGCACAACAAAAGUAUAUUGAUAGUUCGUUAUUCUGUUAUAACAAUUGCUCAAGAAGAGGUCCCUGUCAACCUACUGGGUACUUUAGCUUCGGACAAUGUCAUUGUAAUUCGGGUUGGACUGGCAUCGAUUGUUCUAUCAGUGUUCGAGCUCCAACAGGCUUAUUAGCAAAUAUUCAAUCGGGUAAUGUUUGUCCAAUAGGAUAUACGUUUGGAACACACUUUUUGGGAAUAGGUACCUCGUCGUGCGGAGAUUUGUGUUGGUUCCUUGCUGAGUGGAUAAAAAAGUUUCCAGCAUGUUCUCUCAGUGAUGGAAACGCAACAGCUGGAUCAGUGGGGACAUUUUGUGGGAUUGUCUUUUCAAGUUUGAAUGUUUUAUGUGAUAAUCUCAACCCAUAUUCUGAACCUUGUCCGUCAGGUUAUUCAAAAUAUUCGUGGACAACAGGAGGAAGUCGUCCCAUUACUCUCUCGACAUGUCAGAAGAAUCCCAACUCUUUAAAUGAUCGUCCGGGAACACUUUGUGGUCUUCAUUCAAAUCUUGAUAGUGGCAAUCAAGUUACAUGUAAUGGUUAUUAUCCUGGACGAGGAAAAUGUCCACCAGGCUAUAUUCUCCGUCAGGGAACAUUUCCACCUGGUCCUUCGCAAUCAGGUCCAAUUGGUCUUUGGCAAUCAGGUACACUUAGCCUCUGUGUGAAGGAUUAA